GCCAUCACGUGUUUCAUAUGGAUCAGUGUUGAUUCGACAGAAAUUAUUUAGAAAAAAAAUUACUCAUUAAAAUCUACAAAUUCUGCCUAAUCAUGAGGCGUGCGGCGGGACUCGGAAAAAUAAAUAAGCAAAAACUUGCGCAGGCCAAGUACAAAGACAAGGGAUCUGAAAUUGCGGAGGAUCAGUUGAAUCAGAUGAGUCGCCAGCUUGAGGUUUUCAGGACCAACCUGGAAGAGUUUGCUGCAAAUCAUAAAUCAGAGAUCAAGAAGAACCCAGAGUUUAGGAUGCAGUUUCAAGAUAUGUGUGCCACUAUAGGAGUCGAUCCAUUAGCAUCCGGGAAAGGAUUCUGGUCAGAGAUGUUAGGCGUUGGAGAUUUCUACUAUGAAAUUGGCGUUCAGAUCAUUGAGGUGUGUCUGGCAACGCAGCAUCGGAACGGAGGUCUCAUGAACCUGGAAGAACUGCUCCACAAGGUUAGGACAACAAGAGGAAAGACAAAGCAAGCCCAGGAUGUCAGUCUCGAUGACAUCAUCAGAGCAAUCAAGAAACUGAAAGUUUUAGGGAAUGGAUUUGGCCUCCAUCGCCUUGAUGAUGGCCGCUUUAUUGUUCAGUCUGUUCCAGCAGAACUCAGUAUGGAUCAUACAAGUGUUCUCAAUAUUGCACAGGGUACUGGCUGUGUUUCUCUCCCAGAUCUACAAAACAAAUUGAAAUGGGAAGAAGACAGAGCGAGAUUAGUUAUGGAUCAACUGGUCAAGGAGGGUCUAGUCUGGGUGGACGAUCAAGACCGGUCCGGCAGGCUCUAUUGGUUUCCAGGACUCUUCCCAGAAACUUGAUAAAAGUGAUUACUUAUUGUAUAUAUUUUUUUCCAUCGUGUUACCUAAUACUCAGUAAUAGUCGUCUGGAUUUGUGUUGAUGGACUAACACAAUGACUACUGAAUUAUUUGAAGCGGUCUAGCCCUUCUCAUGUCCAGUUAAAUCUGUCUAUAGUGACCACCCAAAAAAAACACAAAGUUUGGUCUUAUAGACAGGUGGGUGCUAUAGACAGGUUCUUAUACACACAUGGGAAUCAGUUUUAGUGGUCACAACGACAUACAGGUGGCUGCUAUACACAGGUAGCCACUGACACAGUUUUGACUGUAGUAAGGUUCAUGAAAAAAAACAAAAAACUAAUUGUUUAUUUUUUGAAAAUGAAUGUUCAGAGAAGUCAUUCCUUCGGCUACAUGUACCUCUUGUGAGCGAUACUGUGUAUCGUGGUGUGCGCCUGUAAUCCAAUCUACAAAGGGGAAGUUACCAUCUAUAUCAGUAGGUUGAUAGAGCUACUUUUGAGACCACCGGAAUCAAAGUACUCCAAAGGGUCAAGUGCGCAUACAAUUGCACUCUUCUUUCUAUUGCGUUUGCAUACUGGAGUACUUUACGUUUGGUAUGGUCCCAUAUACUGUUUAUUGUGUCAUGGAGUACUUUUCCUCGGCCUCAAGGUCGCGCAUGCAUACAUGCAUCACAGUAUGGUGUGAGUGCAUUUCGAGCUCCGUCCAGUUUUUGGAUAUCGAUGGAAACUAAGAAUUUGAUACUGAGGUUCCUGGUUUGGAGCCCUGGGCCCCAUCUUGCAAAGAGUUACGAUUGAUCCAACCAAUCACAACUAUGGACGGCCAGCAACGUCAACAUCUAUUAUGCAUGUUUGUUCAAAAUAUUUUCUAUGAUGUAUAUUCAUGCAUUCAUCGUUUUCUUAAAAAUUAACUGCUUCUCUUUGUUUACAAAGGACAUUGUGCAAAUUUUCUAUAAAUUAUGACACUGAUGGAUUUCCAUAGAGUUACGAUUAAUCUGAUUAAUCUCAAGUAUAUGGAAAUCCAUCAAUGUCAUAAUUUCUCUAUUGGAAAUUUGCUCAAUGUCCUUUGAAAACAAAGAAAAAGCAGUGAAUGUAAGAAUAUAUGUCAUUUCUAGAAAAUAUUUUGAACAAACAUGUAUUUUAGAUGUUGACGUUGCUGGCUUUCCAUAGUUGCGAUCGAUCACAUCAAUCGCAACUCUUUGUAAGAUGGGCCCCAGGUCACGUCCUUGGGAUGGUGACGUAACAGUUCGGUCCCAGAUGUACAUAAACAUAGCAGAUAGAUACACUUCUGAAAUAGCUCAAUUCCGUAUGCAACUAUCACAACAAACGGUGAUUGGUUUCAGAUACCAGGGGGUGCAACUUUUCAGACAAAAGUCUUGAGUUGGCCAUAGAAAAUGCCUUUUUCAUGUAGGAAGGGGUCAUUUCAGAUGAUUUUCAAAAUUUUAAUAUCAAUUCUAAGUGGCAUCCCAGAGAUAAAGUUUUACCCAGACUGUAUGUGGUAUGCAGGCACCUUUGGGCUUUGUACAAGGAUCAUUCAAUUCAGUGUGCAACAGAUUAAUAUUCAUUAUAAAGGAAGCUUGUUUUGAUUUAUUUUUCCAUAAAGUAUGACUUUCUUGCCAACAAAUUGAAGAUUUUGUAAGCCUCAAAUGUAUGAAAUGUUCUGUUUACUGUACAGUAUGUAGAAGAAAAACUGUCAAAAUCAUAUUUCAAAAUAUAAAGAAAUAUUUGAAUGAUAA